CACAUAUAUUAAUAUGCCAAAGCAAUGUAAAACUGUAAUAGAAGCCUGCAAUCAUGGCAUCUUUCAGUAUUAAUUAAACUUAUUCGGUGAGUGCAAUGUAAGAAAUGGUUCUAGAGGAAGUGGGUUUGACUCCAUGGUCCCAUUGAGGAACAAAGCUUUUAUUGAUAUAAGCCAAGAGUAGAUUUGUGACCAAUCUGCCUGUUACAAAUUGCCUGCAAACUUGCAGAGCAAUUUGCAGAAUUGUGAGAGAGAUCAGUGAAGUGGGUUGUUUGUUUAAGAUAAGACUACGUUCAUAAUGUCUUGCAUGGCCAUGCAAACUAUUUCAGAAGGAAAAGACAUGGAGAUUGAAGAAUUCAAGAUCAAUGCUCGUGGGACUCGGCUGUGGAAUGUUCUCAGAUUUGCAGUUAUGAUGCUCAGAAAAGGAAUUGCAGCAAAAAAGUUGCAGAAAAUGGCUGUAGAUCUGCAUAUGGCUAUCAGCAGGGGGAUAAAAUUUGGUGGGCUUGACAAAUAUGUGAGUAAUGGUGGUAGUUAUAUGAAUAACAAUAAGAAAUCUCUGGGUUUCAUGGACUAUGAGUUUUCUUGCAGCAGUACUCCAAUGGUGAAAAGGAGGGCAAAUCUUUUGAGUUACAGUGGGCCAAAAAAGCAUGGUGGUCGAUGGGAUCAGCGUUUUCUGAUGGCCACCAUGCCCUGUAUUGCAAAAGAAGCAGAAUCUGUUAUAAAUUCCACCAUACCCAAAUUCAUUCAGUGUGGAGAAGAUUUUUUUGACCCAUCUAGAAGAACUUCUUCUACUCCUUCCUAUCUUUCAACCAGGUCUGAGUUAUCAGAGAUUGAUAGGCAGGCUGAGGAAUUUAUUGCUUCUUUUUACAAUGAGAUGAAAUUGCAGAGGCAGGAUUCGUUUUCAAAGUACAGAGAAAUGUUGGACAGGGGUUCUGGUUAAGAAUUCUUGUUAGUUUUUUCUGUAUAUUUGUGUGGGUUUUCUUGUUUCUUCAGUAGUUAGUUGUUGUUGAGUUAGAUGGAGAGCAUCUCUGUAUGGUGGUGGCAGAGUGGGGAAUUAAAUCAUAUGUACGUGUGUGAUAAUGAAUAUGUGCAUAUAUUCAGGCUUCUUCUGCCAUGACGGCCAUUAUUGCUUGAGAUUAAGUGCUGGUUAAUUGUUAAGUCAAUUUUGUAGUAGAAACUGAUCAAUUUUUUUGUUUA